AUGGGCCACUACGGGGAGCUGUCGAUGCAGAAGUUCAGCAGCAACGUGGUCGAGAAGUGCCUCAAGCUGGGGGGCCUCGUCGAGCUGCGGCAGGACGUGAUACGGGAGGUCAUGGUCAGCCCGCUGCUGCCGCGGCUGCUGCAGGACAGCUACGGGAACUAUGUCGUCCAGUCAGCCCUGGCGGUGUCCAGCGGCCAGCUGCACCAGGACCUGGUGGAGGCCAUACGGCCCUACGUCGCCAGCCUACGGGGCACGCCCCACGGGAAGCGCAUACUGCAGAAGAUGAACGGCAAGGCGUGA